UGACCUAUUUCUCACUCACUCUCAUAUUAAUAAUUUCAGCUCCAAAAAUUUCAAAUUCUUUUAUUUUUAUUUUUUUUUUCGGGUGUCGGAUCGGAGCUUUGGUGACCGAAAAGAAUGGCGGAGCAUUCCGAGAAUGCGGGUUCGGCGGUGGACUCGAUCAUGGAGAAGAUAAGCGAGAAGAUCCACACGCACGAUUCGUCGUCGUCGUCGGAUUCAGAUGGCGAGAAACCGGUCUCUCCGUCGUCGGUGAAAGCCAAGAUUUUCCGGCUUUUCGGCAGGGAGAGACCAGUUCACAAGGUUUUCGGUGGAGGAAAACCUGCUGAUGUGUUGUUAUGGAGGAACAAGAAGAUUUCAGCCGGUGUGCUCGGUGGAGCCACUGCAAUCUGGGUUCUUUUUGAAUUAAUCGAAUACCACCUGCUUACUCUUGUAUGUCACGUUCUGAUACUCGCUCUGGCAGUCUUGUUCCUGUGGUCCAAUGCUCACACCUUUAUCAACAAGACUCCACCCCGCAUCCCAGAAGUUCAUCUUCCUGAGGAGCCAUUCUUGGAAGUUGCCGCUGCGCUGAGAAUUGAAAUCAACCAGGGUUUUUCUAUCUUGCGUGAUAUUGUAACUGGAAGAGAUUUGAAAAAGUUUCUCGUUGUUAUUGCUGGCUUGUGGGUUCUUUCAAUUGUGGGGAGUUGGUGCAAUUUCUUGACCUUGUUCUACAUAUCUUUCAUUUUGCUGCACACCAUGCCCGUUCUGUAUGAAAAGUAUGAGGACAAGGUUGAUCCAUUUGCAGAGAAGGCGAUGUUUGAGCUUAAAAAACAGUAUGUAGUGUUUGAUGCGAAGGUUUUGAGCAAGAUUCCAAAAGGUCCAUUGAAAGGGAAGUUGGCUUAAAGAGGAGGUAAGGUGUUCUGUUAGAGUGGUGCACAACCAGCAAGCAAUGGCUUUUGUAGUUUUUGUGGGUGCACUCGGCACUUUUUAUAAUUUGCUGGAGCUUUUGCCUUGCUUCUCCAUGCAGUUGUCAGUGUUUUGGUUUGCAAUGUUGUAGGUGUGAUUUAUGCUUUGUACUGUUUCCGUAACUUUGAAAUGGCACCUUAAUUACAGGUGAUUUUUGUGAGCAACUUUAUUAGUAGAUUGGAUGUCA